UGAACGAACUGUUCAAAAGAAACUAUUCGCCGAAAACAACCGGACCUGCCCUGAUAAAGUGCGCACGCGCAUGUCAAACUUAUGUCCAGUUUGUCGCAGUGAAUUGUGGGAUAGAAAUUCACAGACAUGGCGUCUCGUGCGCUUGCAUACUGUGUGCGCUCCGUCGCUCGCGCCGCUGCAAGGUUAAAUCAUGGCAGCGUGCUCACCAGAUCCGCCUGCGCGCCCCUCGCCUCAAAGCAGCGACCGCUCUCUGUCCUGUCAUGCAGCCAGCGGACGAGGUGGACUCAACCAGUGCGGAUUUCAGGCCUGUCUGUUCAUCAGUGUCGGCACUAUGGGGAUCUUCCACCCCUCACUUUAGAGAACAUCAAAGAGCGUGUCAUGUACGUCCUUAAACUGUAUGACAAGAUCAGUCCAGAGAAGCUGCAAACAUCGUCUCAUUUCAUGAAAGAUCUGGGGCUGGAUAGCUUGGACCAGGUGGAGAUUAUAAUGGCUAUGGAAGAUGAGUUUGGAUUUGAGAUCCCAGAUGCAGAGGCCGAGAAGCUUAUGACUCCUGCAGAGAUCGUACAGUUCAUUUCAGAUAAAAAAGACGUGUAUGAAUAGAAGCAAGUUAUAUGGUACGGAGGAUUGACUCUGUAUUAAAAAAUAUGGAUGUGGUUCGGCUGCAUCCACAUAGUGUCCAGUUUCUGUCAUACCAUUUUCUUCUGUCUCUUGCUUAUGGAGUCAACUGCCUUGUCGUGUACCGUUGUAUUUAAUGAAAAUGUCACUAUAAACUCUUGGGAAUUUGAGCUGAAAA